AUGAAAAAAGAUGUCUAUUAUUUACCGUUUCAAGGUUUCUCUUGCACAACGGAUAACGGUGGAACUAAACCUCAACAACAACCUCAACAGCAACAGCAACAGCAGCAAGCAAGCGGUUCAAAUGAAUAUGCUGGAGGAGAAUAUUCAUCGCAACAAAAUAACGAUCAAAGAAAUGAGUCAUCUUACCCUCAACAUCAAAUUUCAACAACUGUUACAACUAAUCGACCAUCAAUGAAUAGUUACGGAGGUGGACAAGCGAUAAGUUCAAAUGGAGGUAACUCAAACCAAACAGGAAGUAAUACGCUUAAAUUAAAACAACCGAGAAAUUACGGAACUAAUCGAUACGAUCCAUUGGGUGCUCAAUCAGCUAAUUACCAAGCGAGAACUGCUUCUCAACUUCAAGGUCAAUGGAAUAAUGGCGUAGCUGUUGCCG